ACAAGUCAGUUUUAUAUUUCUUUCCCCUGCAAAGUCUGGCAGUAGAGGUGGUUGGCUUAGUAAAUGGUAGUUUGUCACCAAGAUAUGCUGGCUGAACACAGAUGACAGCAUAGUAGCUAGCUGGCCAGUAUAUUACGCUCAAAAUGGCGCCAAAGUUUUCAGUUAAUCUAGCUAUUGCAGGUCACAGCGUAGUCCAUAUAGCAAGCAGUUCACGAUUCUGAUAUGUGCAUGUAAAUUAGGCCUAUUACGUUUUAAAAUUUUAUUUUUUUUGCUUUUGUUAUAACUAGUUUAAAUAUAUAAACAGUAUAGCCUAAAAUGCAAGCAAAGUAACAUCGGUUGGGAAGUAUAAGGUUGUGCUAUUUGGUAUAACUUCGCUACCUUAAAACUGAGUUCGAUUAGGAAGAAGAACACAAUAGCUCCAUCCAUUUCAACCAAAUCUGCAGUCCAAUGACUGCUACAUUUUUCAAAUCAAACUUCCUGCAGAAACGUUCGAUAAUCCGUUGUAUCAGCUCACAACAGACAACGUGCAGAGAAUGAAUGAACUGAAUUCAGCUGGAUUGGACUCUGAAGUGAAGGGCCAGCAACAUGAGGAGAAAUGCGACGGCCUGAGGUCCAGCUUCCAGAAAUUAGUGUCCUCAAAGCUGAGUGACGAGGCCCUGAGUGGCUACCGAAGGAAGCUGGAAACCCUGAAAAAGUGCUCCUUUUAUGUCAAGAUUACCUGCAAAGACCCGCCUCAGAGCGACCAGGGCUCCACCUUUUCUGUCCAGAAUCUGAUCGACCGUGGUAAGUUCCAGCAGCUGAAGAAAUUUGGCAACGGCCAGGCAAAGAUCCAGCUGUGCCUACUGGAGGAGCUCUUGGAGCAAGUCUCGAGAGAGAAGGACGAGGUCGUCGCCAUCAUAGACACCUACGAUGAGGCCACUUUCACUCGGGAGCAUGACGCCGUUCAGAAGAAGCUGGCCCAGGUUAACGCGGCCCUCCUGGACUUCAACUCGGCGCUCGAUCCUGGGCCUCUGCACUUCAAGCACCGGCUCAUCAUGGAGCCGGCCAGCACCCUGGCUCUGCAGAUCCAGCUGGACCUCGUCACCAGAAUGCCGGUGUUUUUCGACCGGUCCACCUCGGUGGCGCUGACAAAGACCGUCCGGCUCUACUGGCACGUGGCGGGACCAGAGCGGUGCGAGGUUGGGGUGAAGUAUGAGGUCCACUACAAGCUCUGCCCAGAUGAAGCGGCGGACACUCCAGCAUGCGAAGAUGAGCAUCAGCCAGAGGAGGAGCCGGGCAUGUCCACCGGGGAAGUUUCCGGAGGACCUAUCAUUUCAGAAGAGGCCCACCAGCUGGUAAUUAUCACUUGCUCAAAUAGCGUUAAGAUCAACGGCUUGCUUCCAGACAGGAGCUAUGAGUUUACUGUCAAAAGAGCCGAUUCCUUCUGCUGGGUAUAUGGCUCAUGGAGAGAUACCAUUGUCCUCAAGACUUUACCUCGUCCUGCGGGAUCUACCAAUCAUAAAAAAAAGAGUCUGGGAUCUGAUGGGAGGUUUGGACCAGGCAAAAUGUGUUAAGGGAUUUUCUCAGCGGCCUGUGAAUGUAUCAGUUGGUUGAGAUAUGCCCUGCCUGGGAGUGAGGAAAGCCCAGUGAGCUUUUGGGAACAAAAUACCAGCUGAUAUUUUCAAUUGUGAUACUUCAGUGUCCAAAAAGACAUGUGGACAGAAGCACAUCUUUCUUUACCUAAUGAGCAGUGUUGAAAUUACUAUGAAACCUUUCCUUUAUAUCUAGAACAGUAAUCAUUUUAAAUUCACGUAUCAGAGCCUGCCUUUAUGAUAACCUAAUAUUUGACAAUAAUAUUAAAAUAUUAAAAAUUAGCUCAUA